AUGAUCAAAUCCACGCAAAUCGCCCGGCUCGACGGCCUUAUGCUUUGCGCUUCCGUCGACGAUGAACAAACGGAAUCCUCGCUCGCAGAGAUCAAGUCGCAAGUCAAGAUGAUUAUACGGAAACUCAGUCGGCAUGCGGAACCACAAGCUAGUAUUGAGAGCGGCUCGUAUACUAUCCACUAUCUCAUCUCGGCCGACAUAGUAUACAUCUGCAUCUCCGAGCGCUCCUAUCCACGAAAACUAGCCUUCACCUACCUCUCCGACCUCUCAACGGAAUUCAGCACCACCUACCCCUCCAACACCGUCCUCUCCCCCUCGCUCCGUCCCUACGCGUUCAUGGAGUUCGACACGUUCAUUGCGCGCACGAAAGCCACGUACUCGGACACGCGCGCCACGCAGAACCUAGACAAGCUGAACGACGAGCUGCGGGACGUGACCAAGGUGAUGACGAAGAAUAUCGAGGAUCUGCUGUAUAGAGGGGAUAGUCUGGAGCGCAUGGGUGAGGUGAGCUCGCGGUUGAGGGAGGAUAGUAGGAAAUAUAAACGGGCGGCCGAGCGGAUUAAUUGGGAGUUGUUGCUGAAGCAGUAUGGGCCAUUAGGGGGGUUGGGACUGUUUAUUAUAUUGUUUAUUUGGUGGAGGUUUUUUUGA